AUGAGAUUCUUCAAUUUCAAAUCCUCAAAGGAGGCCAAUGUGCCGGACGCCAAUGUGCCAGAGGAAACAAAGAAUGCUUCUGCUACCGAUGUUCGCCACACACCGUCCCCUUCUCCGGGCCAGACCUCAAAACCAUCCAGCGAGAAAGAGAGCACUCUGGUUGAUGAAUCGGUCAGAAAUUCCACCUAUCAUGAAGAUUCCGAAAAAGAACUUGUCGCACCAAGUCCAGCCCCUACUCCGGAGCCAAUUCUACACGAAAAGAAGGAUUCCAUCCCCAAUGAAGAGGUUCCUACAGAGAAAACUCCCAAGGAUGAUGUUACGAAGGAAGAUUCAGACAAGGAAGUAGCAACAGAGGAGAAAGAUGCAGCCGAAACACCAAAUGACGAGGAGGAAUAUCCGUCUGCGUGGAGAUUGGCCUUGAUCACUAUCGGUCUCUGCCUCUGUGUUUUCUGCUUGGCAUUGGACAACACGAUCAUCGCCACAGCCAUUCCCAAAAUCACCGAUGAAUUCAAUUCCCUGGCAGAUGUCGGUUGGUACGGUAGUUCCUAUCUACUGACAACCUGCGCGGUGACUUUGACCUUCGGAAAACUCUACACGUUCUACUCAAUCAAGUUGAUCUACCUGGCUGCGCUUUUCGUCUUUGAAAUUGGCUCGCUUGUCUGUGCCACCACCCCUACAUCGGUCGGUCUCAUCUGUGGCCGUGCUGUUGCCGGCCUCGGUGCUGCUGGAUUGUUCUCUGGUUCUCUCCUCAUUAUCAGCAAGACUGUUCCUCUUGUGAAGCGACCUAUCUAUACCAGUCUGGUCGGAUCGAUGUUCGGUAUUGCUAAUGUCGCGGGUCCUCUUAUGGGUGGUGCCUUCACUGAUAAACUCACCUGGCGUUGGUGCUUUUACAUCAACCUGCCCAUUGGAGCUGUGACGUUCUUCUUCGUGCUGUUCUUCUUCCAGAACCCUAAGCCUAUCCUGACCAAGAAUACCUUCAAGGAGCAGGUUAAAGAGCUGGACCUGCUUGGGUCGUUCUUCUUCUUGCCUGCUAUUAUCAGUCUGCUGUUGGCUCUGCAAUGGGGUGGUACCAAGUAUGACUGGAGCAAUGGACGCAUCAUUGGUCUCUUCGUUGUGUUUGGUGUGCUCAUCCUAGUGUUCAUGGGGAUUCAGUACCGCGCCCAAGACAAAGCCACUAUUCCUCCUCGGCUGAUCAAGAAUCGUAACGUCUGGGGUGCGGCCUGGUAUUCCUUGGCUCUUGGUGCUGCUUUCUUCGUGAUGACCUACUAUCUCCCCAUCUGGUUCCAGUCGAUCAAGGGCGCAACAGCUCUCAAGUCAGGAAUCAUGAAUCUACCCAUGAUCAUCGGAGUCAUUAUUUUCUCCAUUCUGUCCGGUGGUCUCGUCACUGCCUGCGGUUACUACACACCAUUCAUGAUCGCCUCAUCGAUCAUCAUGGCUAUCGCCGCCGGUCUCCUAGCUACGCUGGAGACAGACUCGAACCACUCCAAGUGGAUCGGCUACCAGGCCAUGUUCGGUAUCGGUAUUGGCCUGGGCAUGCAGCAGCCCAUGAUUGUCGCUCAAGCCGCGCUCAAGACUGUAGAUGUCCCUAGCGGCAUGGCUAUUGUCAUGUUCGCGCAGACUCUUGGUGGUGCUAUCUUCGUCUCGGUCGGACAGAAUGUGUUCCAGAACCAAUUGCUUCAGAAUUUGAAGAUUUAUGCUCCGGAUCAGGAUAUCGCAAGGCUCGUCUCGGCUGGUGCUACUAUGUUGCGCUCUGUUGUGUCUGGCUCUGAUCUGCACAAAGUUCUCGUCGCUUACAAUGCUGCCAUCACCCAGACCUUCUAUGUCACUGUUGCGAUGAGUGCGUUGUCCCUGGUUGGUCCCAUCUUUGUUGAGUGGAUCUCUGUCAAGGGCAAGAAAGUAGAGAUGGCGGCCGUGUGA